CUAGCUGUCGGAGCCGCGUUGACCCCACACGUCGCCAGUGCACACUGCACCACCGUCAGCGUAUCGUCCAUCAUCAACCAUAUUCUUCCCAGGAACGGAAAGCAUUCUCCAUUUCUCCAUAGCUUGAUUAGCUUCAAUUCAAGCUUCUCUCAUCAUCUCAUGGCGAAACUCAAGCUACCUUUCGCUCUCUGCUUUUCUUCGUUUCUCCUCUUCUUCAAUCUCGUCCUCUCCUCCUCCGCUUUCUCUCCCAUCGACCACUACCUCAUCAAUUGCGGCUCACACGGCAGCACGGUUGACCUAGACCACCGCCGCUUCGUCGGCGACUCAAAUUCGCCGCUGCUCUCUUCAUCCGGAGGGGAAUCACUCGCCGUCUCGAAUCCUCUUCCCGGAUCAUCCCCGAUUUACCACACGGGUCGGGUUUUCACCCGCCCAUCAAAGUACGUGUUCAGCGUCAGAGAUCCGGGUGCUCAUCUAGUUCGCCUCCAUUUUCAGGUACUGAACACCGGCCUUGAUUAUUCGAAUGCUCAGUUUUAUGUUUUGGCGGACGGGUAUUUACUGUUGGACAGUUCUAGUAUUGAAAAGACUUGGAAUUCCGGGGUAAUUAAAGAGUAUAUAAUUAGGGUUGAUUCGGAUAAGCUUGUGAUCACCUUCGUCCCGGUGAAGAAGUCGAAAUUUGCAUUCGUUAAUGCCAUUGAAGUAAUCUCAGCUCCCAAAGAUUUGGUUGCUGAUUUAGCUCAGUAUGUGAGUUCUGAGAAAAAUGAACAAAUUAGUGGAUUAUUGAAGAAUGGAUUUGAAACUGUGCAUAGAGUUAGUGUGGGAGGUCCAAAAGUGACCCCUUUUAAUGACUCUCUGUGGAGGACUUGGCUUCCUGAUGAUGAGUUCUUGAAGUCUCAUGAUGAUAGUUUGUCAAAGGUCUACUAUUCUGGGCAUAUACAGUAUCAGAAUGGUGGGGCGAGCCGAGAGGUUGGUCCUGAUAAUAUGUACAACACAGCACGGAUUAUUAAGAGCUCGAGUGAUUCCAUCCCAAACCUAAACAUGUCAUGGGCGUUUCCUGUGGAUGAGGGCUAUAAGUACUUGGUUAGAAUGCACUUCUGUGAUAUAGCUAGUGUUGCACGUGGUAUGCUGUAUUUCAAUGUGUAUGUGAAUGGAUAUAUGGCUUACGAGAACUUGGAUCUUACAAUGAUCACCGGAAUUCUUGCCUCACCAUUCUAUGCUGACUUUGUUGUUGAUGAGGGGCUUUCGGGUGUUCUGACUGUUAGUGUGGGGCCGUCGAAUAUGAGCGAGACACGAGCUGUGGAUGCCAUUCUUAAUGGGGUUGAGAUCAUGAAGAUAAACAAUUCGGUGGGCAGCUUUGAUGGAGAAUUCUGUGCACAUUCUGUCUUGAAGACAUGGAGGACAGGGAAUGGCGGUGUUGUCCUUUUCCUGUUAGCUGCAGUUUUCUUGCUGCUGACAGCAACCAUGUUGAUAAAGAGGAGGAGUUCUGUGAUCGGAGACUCGAUUGUGUGGUCAAGAUUGCCUAUGGAGAUCCCCGAUGCUAUAUCAAAGCGCUACAAUCAACUGUCAUCCAGUAAAGUGUGAUGCUUUCAAGACAACAGCGUGACAAGAAUUUGCAGCGUCAUCUAUAGUGCAGAGUUCAGCUUUCAUGAACCGUAAGUAACUGUAGUUAUAUAAUGAAAGAAUUUGCUAGUUUCCUAAUAUGGUUGCUUGUUACACUUGUAAUAUUUUGGCAUUUGUAUAUCACUUUCUAUAUAUGUAGUGUGUACAAUUUCAUGAUUUGUUUGCCCUCAGGACAAUAACAUUGUAAGUUACUAACGUGAUUGGCUUUUUAGUAUGUGAUACCGUGAUCUUAAUACGGUUAACAGUUUGAAA